UAAUGACUGAAUAAAAAGUAAUUUCUAUCUUUGAUUUUGGAAAUACCAGGAAUAAAUUUUGGUAAACAUGUGAUAAAUCUGUUUUGGAUGUAAACCCAUAUCAUUAUAUAUCAAGUCUCAAGCAUUUUUAGUUGAAUAAGAAUUUUUGACAGCAGGCAAAGUUAGUGUCAAACCCAUCUUCAUAGUACUUGGAUUGGAAUAUAUUUAUAAAGUAACUAUGGACAAAUUAUAAUGUGCACCCCUCCUCACUACUCAUUUGACUUAUAUUGAACCAGGCGCUGAUCAUUUCGUUUAAUUGAAUUCUGAUGAACAACUAUAUGGAUUCAGAUUGCAAUACUAAACUAAAACUUUGGAGAUUUUUUUAUCUGAUAGGUCUCUUUAUGAUUAAUGGAGAAUCCAUCUCAGAAAAACUUGUCUGCUUGAGAAUUUCCAUGAUGCUUACAUGGUUUCUAAAUUGAUUGGAAAGGGAAGUUUUGCAAAGGUAUAUCUCGCCACCAGAAAAGACAACAAUACAUAAUAUGCUAUUAAAGCAUUUAGCAAAUCUUUUAUGCAACAAUAACAUAAAGGAAUUGAAAGCCUUUUGAAUGAAAUGAAAGUGAUGAGGAAAUUAAGCCACCCAAAUAUUAUCAAAUUACAUGAAGUACAUGAAACAGCUAAUUCUGUUUAUUUUGUUGUUGAUAUUGUGGCAGGAGGAGAGCUUCUUUAAAGAGUAAGAGAAACAGGUAUUAGGAUAUUAAAAUUCUUUAGGAUUUUUACCUGCGGAAACAUUAUAAAGGUUGGCAUAUAACUUAUUAUCAGCAUUAAAUCAUAUUCAUCAGUUCAAUAUUGCUCACAGAGAUCUUAAACCUGAAAAUCUUUUACUUAAAUCUUAUGAAAACAAUCAUGAAAUUAUCUUAGCUGAUUUUGGAUUGGCAGCUUAAUUACAGGAUGAAAAUAUUUUAUUUAAAAGAUGUGGCACUCCUGGAUUCGUUGCUCCAGAAAUUUUAGAAUACACUGAUGGCCAAUAAUUUUAUGAUGAAAAAUGUGAUGUUUUUAGUGCUGGAAUAAUUUUGUAUCUAUUAAUUGUAAGUAAUUUUCUAAAUUAUAAUUUUAGACUGGAGGUUAACCAUUUACAGGUAAGGAUUAAAAGGCUAUUUUGAAAGCCAAUAAGGAUUGCAUAAUUGAUUUUGAUGAUUCCUUAUUUAAGUCUGCUCCGAUAUAAAUGCAGGAUUUGAUACGAUCCAUGUUGUUAAAGAAAUCAUAAGAUAGAUUGAGUUCAAGUGAGGUACGAAUUACAAUCAUUAAGUUAGUGCUUAAGACAUCCAUAUUUUAAGGAAUUAGCUAAAGAGCAUUAAGUAAAAUAGGAGAAAUUUUAAAAUAAUUUAAAUGACUAUAAUUAGUAAUACAAAAAUAAUAUGAAAAUGGGGUCAAUUGAUUUGAAUUUGGAAUAGAGAUAGCCAGUAUUUACAGGAAAUUUGAAUUCAAUUGAAUCCAUUUCAUGUGUGUCUAAUAAUUCAUUUGCCAAAAUAGAAAUGAAAGCUCCUUCUGUAGUUGGAGCAUCAAAAUUUAGUUAAUAUAGUUCUAAACUGAAUAGAUUGGGCUCAAGAGACAUAUCUGGUAAUUUAUUAACUUUAAUCAUAAGAUAUUCCAACAACAUAAUUAUAGAAAACAGAAUCAAAGAAACACAUUGAUUUACAUAGAAUUGCAAUUCAAAAUUCACACAGAAAAUAGUUUUAAGAUUAGUAUGAGGAUUAGCCUAUUUAAACAGAAGGAUCCGAAGUUAGCGAAAUGGCCAGAUUGUAUAAUUCAACAAGAUAAAUUCGUAUUCCUGAAAACUUGCCAUCCUUGUCUUAAUCUAGUAAAUAAGCAUCUACUCCGACUAAUAGAAACAAGAAGAUACCUUGA